UACAGCAGAGCGCCAGAAGCACCACGAAAACGGCGUGUACCGCGCGGCCCGUAGAGAGUACUAUGUCGGUGCGCCGCACGAAUCUCGUGUCGAAAUAGUGCCGAGCGGGUAUUACCGAACUCUGCACACCGUGGCUGCCAUGCCGCGGCUCAGUCUGCUCCGUUGGCGGCAUUUCGCAUUAUUCGUCUAUUUGUUUACGACAGUAUCGACGCAAUGGAUUCCCACUUGGAAGGAUUCAAAUCAAACAAAUUUAAAUGAACCAUAUUAUGGAGAUCAAGAAGUAAAACGAUACACUGGUGACAAUAGAUAUGCCAUUUCAAACCAGAGAGGCAACUCAACAAAUUGUACACCAAAAUGUUUCGCGGAAAAAGGAAGCCGAGGACCACCGGGCUCUACUGGUGCUCCAGGUCCUCAAGGAAUACAAGGGUAUCAAGGACUUGAAGGUCUUCCAGGUCCGGUUGGUGACAAAGGAGAUAUUGGUACAAUAGGAAUACGAGGACCAAAAGGAGAUAGGGGCAAAACGGGUAUUCCAGGAUUUCCAGGUGUAAGUGGAGUACCAGGACAAAUGGGCCCUCAAGGAUUGCCAGGUAUACCUGGUUUAGACGGGUGUAAUGGAACAGAUGGAAAUCCAGGUCUUCCAGGAUUACCAGGAGCUAUUGGACCUCGUGGGUACCAAGGAAUAACAGGCGAAAAAGGUCAAAAAGGAGAAGCUGCCCUUACACCAAUAAAUAACAAAGGUCAAAAGGGAGAGCCUGGUUUGGAUGGAGAUCGAGGAAUACCUGGAAAUCCCGGGUUUCAGGGAUUACAAGGGCCUGUUGGACCACCAGGAGAAAUUGGAUUAAAAGGAAAUCAUGGUCCUCUGGGCUUAAAAGGAGAAAAGGGAAAUAUGGGACUUGGGUAUGAAGGUACUAAAGGAGACAAAGGUAUUAAAGGAGAACGUGGACCACCAGGACUGCCUUUACCAAACACGUCGUUAAUUGCAACCAACAAUGGAACAGUUGGGCCACCUGGUGAACCUGGUAAAAAAGGAAAUGCGGGUGAAAAUGGUGAGCCUGGAAUGAAAGGAGAACCAGGACCUUUGGGUGAUCCAGGAACACCAGGCGAUGUUGGUGAAAAAGGAGAAAAGGGCUUAAUAGGAACACCAGGACCAAGAGGUCGUGAUGGUUAUCAUGGACCUGCAGGACCAAUUGGACAAAAAGGUGAUCGAGGAAUUGAUGGCUUGAAUGGAUUACCAGGACGACCAGGGCUUAAAGGAGAACCAGGAUUGGAUGGAAUGCCAGGUGCAGCUGGGUUGCGAGGACCUCCAGGACAACCGGGGGGCGGAAAAGGCAGACCCGGUCUGCCUGGACCUCAAGGACCACGAGGAUAUCCUGGACCUACAGGACCAAAAGGUUUAGAUGGCAUAGACGGCCUACCCGGACCUCCUGGUCCAAAAGGAAAUAUUGGAGGACAAGGAGUACCAGGAUCUGUGGGCCUAGAAGGUUUACAAGGUGAAAAGGGAACAAAAGGAGAACCAGGACUUACAGGUUUGCCUGGAGAAUCUGGUCAAAGAGGGUUCCCUGGCACACAAGGCCCACCUGGACCUAGAGGACUUGUUGGUGAAAAGGGUGCUUCGAUUGUCGGACCUAAAGGAUAUGAUGGAAUUGAUGGACGAGAUGGUGAAAAGGGACUUAAAGGUGAACGUGGUUACCAGGGUGAACGAGGAUCUCCAGGUGAUUCACCAACUGGCAUUGCUGGACUUCCAGGUGCAAAGGGUGCUACUGGAGAAAAAGGAGAAGAAGGAAGACCAGGAAUUCCAGGAAUUCCAGGUCGAGAUGGAUCAAAAGGUGAAAUAGGUGGACGUUGCCAAGGCUGUAGCCCGGGAGAUAAAGGUAGUAAAGGAGAACCUGGAUUAUACGGAACUCCAGGGUUGAAGGGACCACGAGGACCAUCAGGAGAAAGAGGAUAUCCAGGUGAACCCGGUGCUGAUGGACUGAUCGGACCAACUGGCGAAGCUGGUGCUCCUGGAUUAGAUGGCUUACAAGGUGAUCCUGGCCCACCUGGUGAAAAAGGUACAUCUGCGAUUAUAACAGCUGAACACAUAAAAGAUAUAAAAGGAGAACCUGGUCCACGUGGAGAUCCUGGAAGGGAUGGCUUACGAGGAUUAGAUGGACUACCCGGACCAUUGGGAACGCCAGGUAUUGAUGGAAACCCUGGAAUAGUUGGAGAAAAAGGUGAUAGAGGAUUCCCAGGUUCUGAUGGUAUACCAGGACAAACAGGAUAUCCCGGAGCCAAAGGAGAAAAAGGCAUUAGCAUUAAAGGAGAACCAGGAAUUCUGGGAAGACCUGGAAUAAGGGGAGAUAAAGGAGAUCCUGGAUUAACCGGUCCAAAAGGAACUCCAGGUAAAUGCGAACUUGGUGAAUACGAGAGGAGCCAAAAAGGUGAACCUGGAAGUAGAGGAGAAAAGGGUGAACCCGGUCCACCUGGUAUUGAUGGUUUUCCGGGAGAAAAAGGAUCUAUAGGACCAAUUGGUCCAAUUGGACCGAUAGGACCAAGAGGAAUUCCAGGUCUUGUUGGCCCCAGAGGACAACCAGGUAUUCGUGGAGAAAAGGGAAAUACUGGACCAAUGGGUUUCCUUGGUGAAGCUGGGCGUGAUGGAGAAAGAGGAUACCCAGGAUUACCUUCACCUAAAGGUGUCAAAGGUGAACCCGGUGUACCAAUGGUUGGACCAAAGGGUUCAGAAGGAUUUCCAGGUGAAAAGGGCGAGAAAGGUCUUCAAGGGCCGUUUGGAAGACCAGGAGUCUCUGGUGAACCGGGAACUCCUGGAUUACCUGGAGAAAAAGGAAUUCAAGGUGAAACUGGUUUAGAAGGAUUAGCAGGGCAGACAGGACCUAAGGGAGAACCUGGCCCCGUAGGACCAAGUGGACCACCCGGUAAUGAUGGCGUACCCGGCGCAGAUGGUCCAAAAGGUGAAACUGGAUUACCAGGUGAACCAGGUAGACCAGGUCUGCAAGGAUUCCCUGGGCCAAAAGGUGAUACUGGACCGACAGGCCCGGAAGGUCCUAAAGGAUUUUCAGGAUACAGAGGAAUGCCAGGAGCUGUUGGAAAACCUGGAAUUGAUGGAAUGCCAGGAGAAAAGGGUGAUAAAGGAGAUAUUGGAUUACCUGGAAUCAGUGGACCACCAGGAGAAGAUGGUUUGCCAGGACCACAAGGAUAUAGAGGUGAAAAGGGUGAUAUAGGAUUCCCUGGACCCCCAGGUGAAACGGGAUUACGUGGUCUUCCAGGUCCUGCAGGCGACCGAGGUUCAGUAGGAUUACCGGGAUUAAAAGGAGAACCCGGUCCAGUUUCAGAAAAAGGACAAAAAGGAGAGCCUGGUGAAUCCGGUCUUAGAGGACCACAAGGACUACCAGGAAUGGAUGGUUUACCUGGAAUAAAAGGAGACAUGGGAUUCCCUGGUAUUGGAUUACAAGGAUGGGCUGGACAAAAGGGAGAACCCGGUAUACCUGCAUACGACGGUAGACCUGGAAAUGAUGGUGAAAAGGGAGUUGCUGGAGUUGCUGGUGUUCCAGGAAUGAAAGGUGACACGGGACCUCGAGGCGUCCCAGGAACACCAGGACCUCCAGGAAUGGAUGGUAUAGAUGGAAUGAAAGGCAAUACAGGUUAUCCAGGAAUUCCUGGACAAGAAGGUGAAAAGGGUGAUGUUGGGUACCCCGGAUUACCAGGAUUAGAUGGAGAAAAAGGAGAAAGAGGCUUACCAGGAUUAAUUGGAUUAACUGGACUAAAAGGAGCUAUGGGAGAUAAAGGUGAUCGAGGAUUACCAGGACCUGCAGUUGAUAUUAAAGGAGAUAAAGGUGAACCAGGGCCACCAGGUUUCCCAGGAAUACCCGGUGCAAUGGGUCCCGUCGGACCUAGUGGACCAUCUGGUAUUGAAGGAGAAAAGGGUGACAUGGGAUUGCCAGGUGUAACUGGUUAUCCAGGUCCUUCUGGUCCAAGAGGAGAAAAGGGUAAUGUUGGACCUCAAGGAUUGCCAGGCUUCCCAGGAACAACAAUCAAAGGAGAAAAGGGAUUGCCAGGAUUAUUGGGUAAACAUGGCAGAGAUGGACUACCUGGCUUAAGUGGAGAAAAAGGUGAUAAAGGACUACCAGGAUUACCAGGAUUACCUGGUCCAGUUGGACCAAUUGGGUUGCCAGGUUCACCAGGUGAUGUUGGAGCAAUUGGACCACCAGGUUUCCCUGGACCUCCGGGAUCAGAUGGAUAUCCAGGUGAACCAGGCAAGGAUGGUCCACCAGGAUUAAUGGGAUUAAAAGGAGAACCAGGAAGCCCAGCACCGUACGGUGAAAAAGGAGAUAAGGGCGAUGUUGGUUUUGCAGGGGAACCAGGUUAUCCUGGAAUUAAAGGAGAUAAGGGAGAUAGAGGUUAUCAAGGGCUUGAAGGAUUACAAGGUGUACAAGGUUUACCAGGUGACAAAGGAUUAGCUGGAGUGCCAGGAAAGAUAGGUAUGCCUGGAGUCUCUGGAGUCAAAGGUGAUAAAGGUGAACCUGGUUUAGCGCCUCCGCCAGGAUCUAAAGGAGAACGAGGAUUACCUGGACCUGUCGGUUGGCCAGGUGAAAAGGGAGACCGUGGAAUUGACGGCCUUCCUGGUUUAGAAGGAUUAAAAGGAGAAAUGGGUGUUCCUGGUUUGAAUGGUCCAGUUGGUCCUCCAGGUCCAGAAGGCGAAAAGGGUGAACCAGGAAUAGAAGGUCUCCCAGGCUCACAAGGGCCCCCGGGUCAACGAGGAAACGAUGGACCUGCUGGUAAAUCUUGUGAAUCGGAACCAAAUUAUUCAACGGGAAUAUUGUUGGUCAAACAUAGUCAGAGUUCUUCGAUACCUCAGUGCGAACCAAAUCAAGCAAAACUCUGGGACGGAUUCAGUUUGUUAUACAUAGAAGGCAACGAAAAAUCACACAAUCAAGAUUUAGGAUUUGCCGGUUCUUGUAUUCGAAAGUUCUCCACCAUGCCAUUCUUGUUCUGCGACUUUAACAACGUAUGCAAUUACGCAAGUAGAAACGACAAAUCGUAUUGGCUCAGCACCAAUGCACCAUUACCAAUGAUGCCAGUUGAAGAGAACGAUAUUCAAAAAUAUAUUUCUAGAUGUGUUGUAUGUGAAGCACCUACCAACGUUAUUGCCGUACACAGUCAAGCGUCAAAUAUUCCCGACUGCCCCAAUGGUUGGGAAGGUUUGUGGAUUGGAUACAGUUUUGUGAUGCACACGGCCGCGGGUGCGGAAGGCGGUGGUCAAUCGUUGGCCAGUCCUGGUUCGUGCCUAGAAGAUUUCAGGGCUACGCCGUUCAUCGAAUGUAACGGAGCGCGAGGAACGUGCCAUUAUUUCGCCAACACUAUGAGUUUCUGGAUGGCGACCAUCGAAGUUGAUGAACAGUUCACCAGCCCCAAGAGGCAAACAUUGAAGAAGGACGACAGUCGCACUCGCAUCAGUAGAUGCCAAGUGUGCAUGCGAUCGACAUAGAGCAACAAUGUCUUCAAGAUACACGAAACCGAUCAUAGUCAUAUAUUAUUAUAUUUUUUAAUUUUUGAUAAUUUCGAUGUAUAAAUUUUUAUUAUUAUUAUUUAUAUUAUUAUUAUUUUUAUUAUUAUAAUUAUUAUUACUAUAUUCACCAGUAGGUUAGGCACCUAAAUCGAUUUUCUAUGAUUUCCAAACAUUUAUUGUGUUCAUUAAUAAUACAUUUUAAUCGAAUUGUGUUCUUUAUAUUUUUAAAACAAUACAUAUAAAUAUAAAAAUUAAAUGAUUGUAAUUAUAACUUCCAUUACAUAAUUCUAUUAGUAUUUUAAAUCUCAGAGUUUCUGAAUAGUUUUUAACACACCUGUGUGAAUAAAUGUAUCUUAAUAAUACGUAUAUAUCUUAAUCAAAAUGUAAAACAAAACAAUACAAGUACGCAAUUCAUUAAAAUUCAAAUACAUCUAUAUAUUAGAAUUAAGAUAAAAUAGUAAAAGUUUAAAAUAUACCAAAAAAAUAAUAUAUUUUAUGAACAAUAUUGUUGUUUUAUAUUUAUAGAUAAUAUUAUAUGAAAUUAUGUAAUAUAUAUAUACGAUAUAUAAUAAUAUGUUAUUA